UAGAAUACAGCCCGUAGUCCUCAACAGUCAAAAGUUUGACCCCAACCUGAGUAAAAAGUACUCAAAUCAAACGGUUUAAAACACAGCCCAUAGUCAUCCACGGUUUACCCUUUUAAGACGUUAUAACGCUAGUCAGUUGUUGGAGGUUAUCUUAGCCGCCAAAAGAGUGUGUUGUUUGUGUUUAGGUAUUUGCCUCCAUUUCUUUAAAAUCUUUUGUUACUCGUGCAUCAGGUUUUUGUGCUUCAAUUCGUCGCCCAAAACCUAUGAAGGAAAACAAAGAAAAUGCAAGGCAAAACCCUAACUUGUUAUUCUCUCACUUCUCUCCCGAACCCUAAUAUAAAGUCCCAUCCUUCAUUUCUUUUCCAUAAAAGACCCAUCAAUUUCCCAACCCGUUGUUUUCAACGGUCUUUAUUGCUUUCUUGUUCAUGCAAUAUUACAUCGCAACAUCAAAGCCGUAGAUUUAGAUUGAAAAUUCAUUGCAUUAACCCUAGGCAAGAAUUAACUUAUGAAAGCAAUGAAGCUUUGGUUGAGAAAGAAGAGGAGGAAACGACGGUGGAAAUUAAGGCAGAGGGAUUUGCAAAUCAGAGCAUAUGGAAUCAAAUUAAAGAGAUUGUGAUGUUUACUGGACCCGCUACUGGACUUUGGAUUUGUGGGCCAUUGAUGAGUCUCAUUGAUACCGCGGCUAUUGGACAGGGAAGCUCGGUUGAGCUCGCUGCUUUAGGUCCUGCAACAGUUGUUUGUGAUUAUAUGGGUUAUGUUUUUAUGUUCCUUUCAGUUGCUACUUCCAAUAUGGUGGCCAUUUCCCUUGCUAGACGGGAUAAAAAUGAGGUUCAGCAUCAGAUAUCCAUCCUGCUUUUUGUCGGGUUGAUUUGUGGCUUCUUGAUGCUUUUUUUAACAAGAUUCUUUGGGUCAUGGGCAUUAACUGCUUUUUCUGGAUCAAAGAAUGCACAUCUUGUACCUUCUGGAAACACAUAUGUUCAGAUUAGAGGUUUAUCAUGGCCAGCAGUUCUAGUUGGAUGGGUUGCUCAAAGUGCCAGUCUUGGCAUGAAAGAUUCCUGGGGACCAUUGAAAGCUCUGGCAGUUUCCAGUGCCAUAAAUGGCAUUGGUGAUGUUGUCCUCUGCAUCUUUUUAGGCUACGGUAUUGCUGGGGCAGCAUGGGCAACAGCAGUUUCACAGGUUGUUGCAGCUUAUAUGAUGAUUGAAGCUCUGAACAAAAAAGGGUACAAUGCAUUUGCCAUCUCCAUUCCAUCACUUAAUGAGCUGCUGACCGUGCUAGAACUUGCUGCUCCUGUAUUUUUAACUUUGGUGUCCAAGGUAGCUUUCUACUCUCUCCUUAUAUAUUUCACCACAUCUAUGGGCACACACACUAUUGCUGCUCAUCAGGUCAUGCUCCAAAUAUUAGGCAUGUGCACCAUCUGGGGUAAUCCUCUUUCUCAAACUGCACAGUCAUUUAUGCCCGAGUUGAUAUAUGGAGUCAAUCGUAGUUUGGCAAAGGCUAGAAUGCUUCUAAAAUCCCUUGUCAGCAUUGGUGCUACACUUGGUCUGGUAGUAGGGAUUAUUGGAAUGGCAGUUCCUUGGUUUUUUCCCAAUAUCUUUACACCUGAUCCAAUGGUCAUAGGGGAGAUGCACAAGGUGCUGUUACCAUUCUUUCUUGCAUUAGCUGUGACCCCAAGCACUCAUAGCCUUGAAGGUGCUUUGCUGGCUGGACGAGAUCUUAGAUUUAUUAGCUUCUCAAUGCAUGGAUGCUUUGCAUUUGGUGCACUUUUACUGCUGUUUGUGCGUUCUAGAGGAUAUGGCUUGCCAGGCUGCUGGUUUGCGCUUGUGGGGUUUCAAUGGGCUAGAUUCUUCCUCUCCCUUCAACGUCUUCUUUCUCCAAGUGGCAUACUCUACUCAGAAGAUUUGACAUAUGAAGUGAAGAAGCUCACAGCGUCUUAGUUUCUGAACCCGACGACUAUAGAACCUUUUGCCUUUGACUACUGUCAGAUGCCAUUCAUCUUACUGUGCAUAUGAUUGAAUUGCUGCUAGCAAAGAUCCUUUUUAAAAAAAAAAAAAAAUAGAAAAUGGUUCAAAUAUCAUCUGUCUUUGAGCUCAAUAACGCCAUAGGCCGAGAUAUGUUUUUCGUUUUUUCAUUCUUCCCAGCGACUGUAGCAAUAUAUUAUUUUUUAUUGUGAUACUGAAAAUGUGUUACUUUUGUACAAAAAUCUCACCAACAGAUUGAAUAAUGUGGAGAAAUAUAUAUAUAGUUUCAAGAAAGUUUGUGAAGCCCUGCUUCACUCAGAAUAUCAGUGCGGGCGAGAUGAGACCAGUAAAAGCUGAUCGUGUACACAACAUUCUUUAUAAGGGAUUUAUGUGGAUGGACAAUAAGAUUUAUUUUGAUAAAAUCGAAAAUAAUAAUAAAAAUUAUUAUAACUGCAA